GGGCAACAUUCUAUAUGACAGUUUCCGAAGGAAAAUGUCAGUUUCGAUUUGCGGUUGCCGUGGAUGGUGAUAUUCAUGUGAUUUUUCGUCGAAAUUUGUGAAAUUUUCGCACUUUCACUCUUAACAAUCAAUUUAAAUUGUGUCAUAUAUAAUAAAAUUAUAGAGUGAAAUUUGUUAUUGCAACAUCGAAUAGUUGUACAGUUCCCAACCUCGAAGAUUUUGUACAAUUUUCCUGGUCAGACUUGUUUUUUUGGUGCAAUUGGUCGCAUUUUGGUUGUGAUAUAAUCGGAAUAUACUGUAUGAAGAUCUAAAAGAAUCAUGGCAAUCCUCAGCGCUCCUGUUAUAAGCGCCUGUCAAUGAUGAGAAUGGGACAGUUCCACCGGGCUCCCUGUUUAUCCAAUCCCCAAAAGGUGUGCGUGUGUGAGUGCACGCACCGCAUGCGUUGAUGGGCGUGGGCGGAGGCGGGGGGCGGGCGGCGCGAGCGCUCCGCCUGCUGCUGCUGUUCGUACUCGCGCUAGCGGCUGUCGAAUAUCUGUUCGGAUCUAUAUUAGAUGCCUCACCGAUAAAAACUUACUUGUAUCAGCCUAUCUACAACGCCACACUGCCUACUUUAAGAUCAGGAGAAAAAAUAGUUCCAGCCUGGCCUAAAAGAGUACCGACAAUAGACGACCUAACUCAGAGCCCCGACAUGAAAAACUUUACAAACAAAACCGACCCCAUUGUAAACAAUAAUAUAACACAAAGUCAAUCAGCAAACAUGACUAAAGCCAUUAUGUUAGAAAACUCGACCUCGCUGAUCGUCACUAAAAUCAUGGAUGGAAUAAGAAAUCAAUCGACGCCAGAGAAUGUAGAUACAAGAAAAAACGAAACAGAACUGCCCAUGUGUUUUGAUGAAUUACCAGGAGAUUACGGACCCGUACCUGUUAAUAAAACUGAAGUGGAACUCGAUGUGGUAGAGAAAUUGUACCCCGAGGUACAACCAGGUGGAAUGUUUACCCCGCCAAACUGCAGUGCCAGGCAUAAAGUUGCCAUUAUUAUCCCAUUUAGAGAUCGGCAGCAGCACUUAGCCAUAUUCUUACGUCACAUGCACCAAUUCCUUAUGCUCCAGGAGUUAGAAUACGGCAUUUUUGUUGUGGAACAAGAUGGUAAUACUGAAUUUAAUCGUGCGAAACUAAUGAACGUUGGAUUCAUGGAGAGCCAAAAGUUGAAAGCGGGUGGGUGGCAAUGUUUCAUAUUUCACGACAUCGAUCUGCUGCCGCUGGACCUGCGAAAUAUGUACUCGUGCCCGAGGCAACCACGCCACAUGUCUGCUUCUAUUGACAAGUUUAACUUCAAAUUGCCCUACGAAGAUAUUUUCGGUGGAGUGUCAGCGAUGACACUGGAGCAGUUCACGAAAGUCAACGGCUUCUCAAACAAAUACUGGGGAUGGGGCGGGGAAGACGACGACAUGGCGUACAGGUUAAAGAAAGUUGGCUACCAUAUAGCGAGAUAUAAAAUGUCCAUAGCACGAUAUGCCAUGUUAGAUCACAAGAAAUCAGCAGCAAAUCCAAAAAGAUAUCAAUUAUUAUCGCAGACCAGUAAGGUGUUCCAGAAAGACGGUCUAUCCACGUUACGAUACCAAAUUGUGAAGGUGACGCUUAAUCAUUUGUACACUCAUAUAGUGGCUAACAUCGACGAGCCCAGCUGAUGGACAUACUUCGCCAAACUAUUGUUUGGCGUAGAACGAUAACGUUAAAACUUGUAUGUGUGAUAAUCCAAUAUGGUGGUUACCAGAGUGAUCUCUCAAUACGAAAGACGCGCUCUAACAGUGCUUAAUUAAGUAUAGUGACAUUGUCAUCUCCACGUUUAAGUAGCUGUAUCAAAAUACGUUUUUAAUUGUGUUCAUUGACAAUCAACAAGAUAUUUAAACAUGUUUUUAUUUUUAAAUCAAUGUCGGAAAUAAUAUUGUUAACUUUCUUUUUAUAGCAGGCAACUGAAAUAACAGCAAACCUCACCGAUAACACCAAACGAAUUGGUUUUCCUUUGAUUAAAUACUUGUUCAAAAUUUAUGUUACCAAAAGUUACCUUAACUUCUUUUUUGUGACAGCAUAUGGUGUUAAAUCUGACAUAAUUUUCAAAACAAUUUUAAACCAUAAUGUAAUAACUAUUAAGUUCAAAGUUCGCUACUUACAGCUUAAUAUUCAUACUCAUGGUUGAGAAUUCAUUUUUGCAGGUUUGAUGUUAUUUCAGUAACACGUUUUUGAUGGCAAUAAAAAUUUAAACAUCACAUUAGACAUAUUUUACAGAUAUCCUAACCGAAGAAUAUACGCUUUUACGCUUUUUAUUAUAGAACUGAAUGUUGCUUAGCAAAUGGAAAGAUUUUGAUUUCCAUGGCUGUCAGUUCACACGAAAUUAUAGGUAAAGUUACACACAUAUAUUUUUUUAAAUGUAGAUUUAACAUACUAAGUGUAUCAUAGAUAAAUACAUAGUAAACGUCUUUUGUCAUAGAUUUUUUUUUAAUUAGCCAAACAUCAUGAUACUAUAAGGCAAGAA